AUGUCAAUAGCCUUUGCUGAGAAGCCCGACUCGGAGGCCAACGUUGAGAUUCUCAGGGUUGCCCGACAAAUCCAGCAUCUUGCGCAUUUCUUAUCCCAAGGUCCGGCAUUUUCAGGCGUUGUAUUGACAGAAGAUGACCUUAGAACCGCGCGAGACCUCAACCCGGUCACCAGAAUCACCUCUCACCGCCGGCUCUCAGAGCUGGAGUUUCCGCGAGAGUGGGUUGAGGAUGAUGGUGCCCUAGCUAUUGCACUUCAUGACUGGAGAGAGCAGGUCGAAGGCAUGAAACAGAGCAAUUCACAUGCCACGGAAGAAGAGCCAGAUCAGGUUGCAGAUAUUCCGACAGAGGCUGAUAUCAAGGUUGACUCGGAUGUGUCAUUCUUGUCAUACUCGAUGAAAAGAGAAGCGCACUGGGUUGAGAAGACUAAAGAGCUUGAGAAGAAACUGCGACAAUCUGAGCAAGAGAAACAGUCUGCUAUUCAGUACAAUCUCAAGCUACAGCUCGAAGUGGAAGCACUUCAGCGCAAGGCGCAAUCUUUAUAUCAAGCACUUUUUGACCCCGACAACCGCAUCCACGAGGCUAACGUGAUGGCGAAGGUAAAGCUCCACGGUGAGAUUCGCCAACUUGAGAAGUUACUUGAUGCAGCCAACAGCAAGAAUGAGUCUCUCGUUAAGAAGAACAAGGACUUGGAGUCAUGUAACAAGGGUCUCAUUACUGAGAAUGAAGAGCUUGUUAAGAUUCAGGAGCUGGAGUCGAGUAAUAAAGAUCUUGUUACCGAGAACGGAGCCCUUGUUGAGGAAAACAGGGACAUAGAUUCAGAUAACGGAUAUCUUAUUGCUACGAGCAAGGACCUCUUGACUAAAAUUGCUCUUGCAAGAGAUGCUGCCAAGAGUUACAAGGACCUCAUGAAUAGAAAUGCAGCUCUUGCUGAUACGAACAAGCGACUUGAAGAGAGCCUCAAGAAGAUUGUCACAGAUGCGAAAUGUUCACUGCGGUCAGUGAGCUGA